UACAGUUUUUCUGGUCCUGUUGAUUAGAGUGGUAGAGUGAAAACGCAAUGGCCGAAAUUGGGGAUCGAGGAGGUCGCGAGUUCAAGUCCGGGUUGAGCCGCGCCGAGGUCCUUCUGGGCUUAGCUCAAACUGCGGGGGAACAAGCAGAAGAGACAUUGAAGGAGCUCCACGAACAAGAUAUCUUUUGGGGGGACAAAGAAGAUGAACAAAAUGGCUUUGAAUCCGAUUUGUUUGGCAUUGUAGAGUCGAGAAGUAGGAAUUGUAAGGGAAAAUCUAAUUGGAGUAAUAUAUUUCCACAUGGAGGAAAGAGACGGGGAGAAUUGGAGGCAUACCGGAGUUAUAAAUCAGCGCCUGUGAAUGUUCCUCAUUGGCCGCGAAGCAAAAUCUCAGAGGAUUUCUUAGACGAGGAUGAUGAGAUAAUCGUGAGGCCUCCUCACGAGCUCGUUGCUCAUUAUAAUAAUAAUAAUAAUAGUCGGAGUUUUUCUGUUGUUGAAGGAUACGGCCGGACUCUGAAAGGAAGAGAUCUCAGAAGGGUACGCGACGCCGUCUUUCGGCAAACUGGACUUUUAGACUAAAUUAGUCGGAUGGAUAAACACAAAGAACAGGCAAUGUUUCACCAAACGUACAAGCUUUUAUUUUCUUCUUGUGAGUUGUGGAAACGGCAAGUUUGUUAAGCAAUUCCAGGUUCGGUAGAGUAGUAUUUGGGCCAAUCCACGGAUUUCUGAAUGAUGCGUUCACAUAUUUAAGUAUGGCUUCAUUCCAGUUUCGAGUCGAGAAGGGGAGGAAAUAAUAUAAUGGCUCUAUUGAUUCUUUUUCUUGCUUAUGUGAUUGGAUUAGAAUAUAUUAAAAGAAUAAUAAAUUAAGAAAGCACGUUCAGCUCGCAAUAU